UUCACUAAAUUCGUUGCUCAAAAACUUGGAGCAGCAGCCAUGGCGACUGAGCUAGAAGAACUCAUCGGAUUUCUCUCACAUGAUUCUCCACCCAUUAAAAAGGCUGCGGUAAAUAUCUUUCGGGAUUAUACGGGUUCAGAAGAUGGCUUACAGUCUCUGGGGAAAUAUUCUGCCCUCGCCGUUCCGUCUCUGUGUCGCCUCCUUGCUGAGAAAAAGGAAGUGUCUGAGCCUGCUGCAGAAGCCCUUGUUAAUUUGUCGCAAGUACCAGAUUUGGCUGGAAAGAUGGUUGAGAUGGGUAUUGUCAAAAUUGUGAUGGAUAUACUGUACAAGAUAGACUGCGACAUAAAACAAUUACUGGUCAUGCUUAUUGUCAAUAUCACACAACUGGAUGCUGGAAUUGAGUCUUUACUUCAGAAUGGAGAUGAGAAGAUGCAAGGUCUGUACGUCAUGAAGCUGGUUCGAUCUUUUUGUGCUUCAUCUAGUGAAAGGAAAGGUGAUGAUCCCUUUGAACACGUGGCUUCUAUACUUGUAAACAUAUCACAGAAGGAAGCAGGAAGAAAGCUUCUACUGGAACCCAAGCGAGGGCUUCUGAAGCAAAUUAUCAGGCAAUUUGAUUCACCAAGCCCAUUGCGAAAGAAAGGGGUCUCAGGAACUAUUCGAAAUUGUUGCUUUGAAGCAGAAAACCAGCUGCAAAAUUUGCUUCUUGUAUCAGAGUUUCUCUGGCCUGCUCUACUACUUCCAGUUGCUGGAAACAAGAUAUACAAUGAGCAAGAUACAUCUAAAAUGCCCCCUGAACUUGGGAGUGCACUCUCAAUUGAACGUGAAGCAGCAGAUGACCCCGAAAUUUGUGUUCAAGCCCUUGAUGCCAUAUACCUGCUCGUCUUACAGGAAGCUGGCAGGAGGGCUUUCUGGUCCAUUAACGGUCCUCGAAUACUACAAGUAGGGUACGAAAAUGAGGAGAACCCUCAAGUAAUGGAGGCAUUCGAACGAGUUGGUUCAUUGCUGAUCCAAGAGAAUGGCAUGGAGACAGACACCACCCUGGCAACAUAGGAGCAGCCCUCCCUUUGCUAUGCUGCUGUUGGUGUUGAAGGUCCGGUUGGGAGGAUAGCUCCAUCGAGUUGAUCGAACAGGGGGUGAUGGAGCAGUGAGCACAAGUUAUGAACAGCUUAGAUGAUUUCUUGAAUUCUGUUGUACUAGUAUUUUAGAAAUAUAGUUUUGGCAACAGGUGAUGUGAAAUUAUGUUUAAUGGAUCCAUCUUAAUUUAUGGAGUUUUAUCGAGUAUA